AUGAGAAAAAAUUUGUCACAAACAGAAAUACAAGGAAACUUUAAAGGCGAAAGGACGUGUGAAAGACUUUUAAGUGUUUUAGAUUCAAUAUGCAAUAAUUUUGCUAGCCCUUAUUUUACUUCGUCAUUAGAAUUUUCUCCGGUUUUAAGUAAGUCAAAGUUCAUAAAUUUGGAAUUGUCAAGUAUUGGGUAUAAAAGCAACAAAAACCUUUCUUCAUAUGGAAGCUUUGAAAAUUUUCCAAAAGAUAAGCCAAGUAAGCCAAACCAGCAAUUGCUAAUGCAAUCUCGAAUAAAACCAUUUCAAGGCCAUCAUUCAUCUCUCAAAAAGCUAGGAAAUAAUAUCACAGAUUCAUAUAGAGACAACGGUGAACUUCCAUUAUGCUCUGAAUUUUUUGUGCAAGGCCUGAGACCAAAAACUUCACCAAAAAUAAAUCGUAUUAAACAAGGAAAAUUUUAUAGAGAUUUUGGAAAGAGCGUUAAUAAAACUUAUUCAAUUCCUCAAGGAAAGUAAUUUAGAUGUAGGCUAGAAAUUGAAGGCAAACAGGAAAAAUCUUUGACUAAGAGUGUUUCUGGAAAUAUAAGAAUUAAAAGAAUUAUUGAAACUCCAAAUAAAAUCAUUCGUAAAAGGCUUUCAGAUUCGAAGAUAAAUAAAAGUAUCACAUGUGACUUGGAUAGCCCGAAUGAAUUGAAAAUUGAAACCCCUAUAAUCAAGCUUAAAGCAAAAAAUAACUUGAUUAGUAAGGAAAAAGUAAAAAAUUCACAAAAAAUGUUCAGUCCUAAUGAUAUAGAGCCUUGAUAA